CUCUCCCUUCACAUAUAGCAACCAACUUUGUGUUUCCUCAGCAGAGAAGAGAAAAAUUAAAACAUCGCUUAAAAGUGGGUAAAGUGCGGUAGCUAGCACUAUUGAGCUAAACACUAACUAGUCAUAACCAAGCAAGCAUAUUGAUGAUAUGGCAUCCAUGGAAGACAUGAACAUGAGUGGGGAAGUUACACUUCCAGGGUUCCGAUUCCACCCCACAGAAGAAGAACUCCUCGAUUUCUAUCUUAAGAACAUGGUCGUUGGCAAGAAACUUCGUUAUGAUGUCAUUGGUUUUCUCAACAUCUAUCAUCAUGAUCCAUGGGACUUGCCUGGUUUGGCAAAGGUUGGGGAAAGAGAAUGGUACUUCUUUGUGCCAAGGGACAAAAAGCAUGGGAGCGGGGGAAGGCCUAACCGCACCACUGAAAAAGGGUUCUGGAAAGCAACCGGUUCAGACCGGAAAAUAGUUACCUUGUCUGAUCCGAAACGCAUCAUCGGUUUAAGGAAGACCCUGGUUUUCUACGAGGGAAGAGCUCCUAAGGGAUGCAAGACCGAUUGGGUCAUGAAUGAGUACCGUUUACCUGACAAUUGCAAAUUACCUAAGGAAAUCGUGUUGUGCAAGAUAUAUCGAAAGGCAACUUCUUUGAAGGUGCUGGAGCAAAGGGCAGCCCUAGAGGAAGAGAGAGAGAUGAAGCAAAUGGUUGGUUCCCCUGCGUCCCCUCCUUCCUCCACGGACACCAUGUCCUUCAGCAGUCCUCAAGAAGAGCAAAACGUGCCCCUAAUUCCUUUGUUGCAACAUGUUCUUAAGAAAGAAUCUGAAAUUGAAGAAAUGGUGUCACUGCCAAAACAAGAAAAAACUACAACCAACCAAUUGGGCUUAAAAGACAACAAAGGCCCAUGUGGAACUUCCGUACAAUUGCCCUUCGGGAAGGACAAGCUCCCGGACCUGCAGCUACCCAUGCUCACGGACUGGACCCAAGACACAUUUUGGGCCCAAUUGAAUAGCCCAUGGCUACAAAACUUUACUCCAACCAACAUCUUAAACUUCUACUGACUCCACGCAACGCAAUGCAUUGUUACUCAACUGCAACUUAAUUACUUAUUAUAGCCUAUUUGUUUUGGAAUGUAUAUGCACUGAAUUAAUUAAUUAUUAAUAAUGUGUUUUUAUAUUAGGUGAAUUAACUAGACAGAUUUUCGUGCACAUAUCGUGUUUUGCUCAAAUUCUGCCUAGCUACAACUUGUUAUCAACCCAAUUCCCCCCUCCCUUCAUCAUGUUAUUUCAUUACUCUGUCAAUGAAUGUUCAACAAGUAAAUUUCAUCAGCAAAUUUCAAUUGCUAUUCACUUUUUGUUUUUGGA